AUGAGCUCCUGGAUGAACGACGCCUCCGCCGCUCUCCCCAAUCAUAAUGGCAACGGCUUUACACAUCACGUUAGCGAUCCUUCCCAGUCUUCAGGAGCCAUGAUGGACCCAUCCGCCUAUAUGGCCAAUUCGGGCCAAUUCAAUCCCGCCGCCGCUGCGCAGUUCGCGAACCCUCAACAAAUGCUCGCCAUGCAAAAUGGCAAUAUGCGCAACCAGCCCGGUGGCUUUCCCAACCCGGUUUAUCAAACGAACUCGGUUAUCCCAUCGAAGCGACCUCGACCGCGUGAAGACAGCCUCGCGGGCUCGCCCAGGCCGGCCCCGGGAAUGGCACCCACUUCACGCGCCGAGACGCCUCAGCAAAAUCAUUAUGCGAACUAUCCACCACAACAGCCGCAGCAACAACAACCUCAACAACAGCAAUCUCAACAACAGACGUCACAGCAGCCACAGCAACCACAGCAACCACAACAGCAAACUCCUUCAGGACAACCGUCUCCAUACCCUCAUCUUCAGACAAAUGGGUCGGCUAACGCGACUCCCUCCCCGAUAAUGGCGAACCAAAUGCGACCUGGUAGUGUACCUCAACGGGUGUCAACCGCAUCUCCCCAUCCGUAUUCUCCUGCAGGUCAAAACUUCGGACAUCAAGCGUCACCAGCGCCUUCUGAACAAGGCGGAACACCGCAGCCGAACGCGUACAUGCAGCAAGGGAACUACCCUCCUGCCUUCAAUCAGCAGUUUGCACCAAGCCCGUCCCAAGCGCGACAUACUCAAAGUCCUAUGGCAGGGCAAAUGCCUGGUCAGAUGGGCGGCCCUAUGGGAGGGCAGAUGAUGCCUCAGCCGAUGGGCCAUUUACCACCUCAGGUCGGGCAAAUGUCUCCCCAGCAAAUGAGCCAAAUGGGGAUGAUGGGUCAAAUGCCACAACAUAUGUUUCCAGGUCAAAUGCAACAAAUGAAUCAAAUGCAACAAAUGCAACACUUUCAACAGCUGCAGCAGCAAAUGCCGCAGGCUGCGAGGGACCAACAGAAACUCCUCCAGCAAAUGCAGAUGCAACGUCAAUUCCAGCAGCAGCAGCAACCGCAACAGCAGCACCAGCAGCCACCUAACCAACAUAGACAGCCGCAGCCUCAGCAGCCCCCGCCGCAACAACAACAUCCUCAACAAGUGGCCCAGUCGCCUUCAGUUCAGAAAUCACCUGUUCCGCCAUCCCCCCAGGCUCAGCCGCAAGGUGUGCAGAUGUCUCCCCAGAUGGCCGGCCAAAACCGCAACGUUAUGGCGAGACAGCAAAUGCCCAACGGCCAGAUGCCGCCAGGCGCAAUGCGUCCUCAGCCUGGCCAGCCCAUGCCAUCUCAGCCUGGCAUGCAACGAGGUCCUCCCGGAGCCCCCGAUUUCCUAGAAAAGCUCUCUCAGUUCAUGUCUAAACAAGGACAGCCGCUUGACCCGAACCCAAUCGUCGAGAACCGACCGAUCAGUCUAUGGAAUCUCAGGCAAGCCGUUGGCAAGCAUGGUGGGUACCGAAACGUGACGCAGAGCAAUCUGUGGCCCAAUGUAUCAAACGCGCUGGGUAUGCAUCCCGUGCAGUUCCAGAUGGCGCCGGCACAACUGCGACAGAUAUAUGAGAGGAACUUGCUCAGGUUCGACGAUUACAUGGCCCAAGGCCGGGCGAAGCAAAUGCAACAGGCGCAACAGUCACAGCAACAUCCAGGUAUGCCUGGACACGCCCAGACCCCCGGCACACCGACGAAACCCGGCAUGCCUGGGCAGAUGCCGCCAGGCUCAGUCAUGAACCAACCGGGUCAGCCGCCUCACUUGGUGCAGGGACAGCCGCCGGCCCCAGCGAAGCAGGGGCAACCGCCCAUGAUGAAUGGCUUCUCAAGCACCUCUGUGCAGCCCCAGCCACACCCAGCUGCGAUGCAGGGCCAUGCCAGGAACAGUCUUUCGCGUAAUAUUCAAGGGACGCCAACCCGCGAUGACCUUGCAGGGCAAUCCCCCAUGUCGGCCAAAGGCGUGAGAUCCUCACUUCCGGGACCUCCGCCUCUCGACCCCAGUCCUAAGAGGGAACCUGUUCCAGCCGAAGAUCCUUCUAUUUAUAGGCCCAUCGUGCGACAAUGGAAGGAAAACGAGUACGCAGGCGUUUACUAUGGCGAAUCCUUUGAGAUUGUCACACAACGGCUGAGAGAGCUCCGGCCAGACGUUCCGCCUCUAGCUGCCUUGGGCAACAUUGAUUUGCAUGCUCUUUGCAGAAGCCUCCAGUCCGGCAUUCGAGCCGAGGUCCGCAUGGCGCUUGAUACACUCGCCACCUUUACCGCAAGUGAAGCUCGCCAGUUUCAAGUUGACCUCAACCAGGCUGGAGAGCUCAUCGAAUGCUUGUUGGAAUGCGCCGAAGAUCAACUUGAUGUCCUGGUCGAUAACACUGUUGAGGUCUCUGACGAGAUCCUAAUCAGUAAUUACGAGGACGUCAUCCGCGCAUGUCACAUCGAGAACUCGACUAUGCACGAUGAGCCUACGCCUGGGUCAGAAGAAUACGAGCUCGAUCGAGCCGUUGAUCGCUUGUUGUGUAUUACUACAAUUAUUCGCAACAUGUCAUUUGGCAUAGUCGAACAGGACGAAGUUCGUACCCGGUCAGUCCUUGCGGAAGAAGAAGUAGUCAAAUUCUUGUGCACCUUGAUACGAUAUCUUGGUACCAGGAACAUGUUACUCCGGACUCAUCGCAACACCCUCGACUUGAUGAAGGAUGUCGUAACUAUCCUUUCCAACAUAUCGACUUGUGUGGAAAUCUCCGAAAGAGAACACGCAUACUGUUUCCUCCAGUUUGCUUUAGCCUUUGCUCCUGCGCCUGCGCCCAACCUCGCCGCCGAUAACCUUUACUUCCCGCCGUAUAACCCUCAGCUUCACACAUAUCUACCGGUGGCCAUCGAAGCCUUUUCGAAGCUCCUAGUCAGCAAAGAACAGAACAGGAGUCAUUUUGCAGCUAUUCUGGCCGGAGACAUGUCACAAUCAAUGCCAUAUGAGCUCCUGACACGUUGCUUUGGCCUGGCUAUAUCAUUGAUACCUGAGCAAAGCCUUGAUGUCACUAGGGCACCGGUUCCCGAGGCGCGAAAGCCUGCGCUGAUGCAAGGUCUGCUAGUAGCGCAAACAAUUCUCAGCCUUGCCCCUGGCCAUGAUUCAGAAAUUGUUCGAGCCUGGCUGUCGAGUGGAUGUGAUUUCCCUCAGAAUCUUCACAGGCUCACAUGGCACAUGUGUCAGCAGUUUGAAUACAUCAAAGAGAAAGUUCAUCAACAGCCGAGGACUGGCCAUGGCCGCAACCGUGCACCUCCUCAACUGCCACAGCAAGCAUACGACUGUCUGUAUCUCGCAGCUUUGAGUUCGUCGAUAUUAAGACGCCUAGCCGAGAAGUCAAGGGAUCCUGCCGAUCCGAAGGGGUCCAUACCGCCCAAAGUUGUGCCAAGCACAGAUUUGGUCUGCGAAUUACUCAAGCUUCCUUCGGAUGAAUGGACAAGGUCUGAUGUUCGUGUUCUGCAACAACUUGUUGCGGCGGCCUCUUUGGAUGAUUAA